CAGAAUGUUGACCAUUGCCCUCCUAGCCCUUCUUUGUGCCUCAGCCUCUGCCAAUGCCAUUCAGGCUAGGUCCUCCUCCUACAAUGGUGAGUAUGGAGGUGGCGGAGGAGAACGAUUCUCCCAUUCUGGCAACCAGUUGGACGGCCCCAUCACAGCCAUCCGCGUCCGUGUCAACAGAUACUACAUCGUAGGCCUGCAGGUGCGCUAUGGCAAAGUGUGGAGCGACUAUGUGGGCGGUAGUCAGGGAGACCUGGAAGAGAUCUUUCUGCACCCUGGGGAAUCGGUGAUCCAGGUGUCUGGCAAGUACAAGUACUACCUGAGGAAGCUGGUCUUCAUAACUGACAAAGGGCGCUACCUGCCUUUUGGGAAGGAUACAGGCACAAGUUUUAAUGCUGUCCCCUUGCACCCCAACACCGUGCUACGAUUCAUCAGUGGCCGAUCUGGUGCCCUCAUCAAUGCCAUUGGCCUGCACUGGGAUACCUACCCCAGUGACUGCAGCAGCUGCUAAGCUCCAGCUUCUUGCUUGACAGGGGCACUGUAAUGGAGGUGUGAGAACUCUCUUACAACUAACUGCCACCCAAACAGCUCAAUAAAAGAACAUGGCUAAAGCUA